AUGAAAUAGCAAAUUAAACAAGAUGACUCUGCACAACCUAUGAUCAUACUGUAACCAUCCUAAUACAAGUUCAUGAUUUUCAUGGAUUCUUCUCUCCAAAAAGACGUCGACAAAUUAUAUAACAAACUUACCAAACAAGUGUAUUCAACAAAUCCUUAUUCCAUAAUAGCAUUGAUAAAGAGAGAAUCGAAAAAGUGCAAUCAGUCAAAGAUCAAGUGAAGGCUUUGAGAGAAAUCAUCAACGAUUAUCAGACUUAAUAAAACGAAAUCGACAGUCUCAAAUCACAAUUACAGAAUUAGAUCAAAGCUAUUCUAUCAAAAGAAUAAAUUAUAAAAAAUAUCGAAGACACUUACAUGCAAUAAAUGGAAGAAGUAAAAUCAUCACACCCUAUUCAUAGAUCAAAACCAAUUAUGAGCAACGUCAAUUUGAUUUGGUGAAAGAAUGCGAACAACUCAAACUCAGAAAUAAAGAAUUAGAAGAAAUCAAUAUGAAAUACCUUGCUUAAAAUGAUCUAUUACUAAAAGCCAACAAUAACUACUAAUAAAGAGUUAAUGAAUUAGAAAUGAAACUCAUUUUGGCAGAAAAGAACAACCUUGUUACAUCAUCAGAAUUAGAACAAAUGAAAGAAAUUAGAGCCGGAGCCCUCUUUAUCCAAGGAGCCUAUAAAAUAUUAAAGUACUAAUACCAAGAAAGCAAUAUCUACACCCUAUUAACCAACAAAUACAAAUCCACCAUCUUAUCAUUUCUUGAACCUAAAGACAUAUUUGAUUUGAUGUUGACAAGUAAAUAAAUGUAUUUCAUCAUCUAAAAUAAUCGAUCUCUAUUAAAUUAUAUCGUCAACUACAGAACCUAAGUGUUGAACAAAGAAAUUAAGUACUUAAAAACAGAAUUUAAGUAAUCUUUCUAUUUAAUUUAGUUAUUUUAAUGAUAUGGUUUAUCAAAUCCCAGAAGAAAUCAUUUAAAUUGGCAUUGCUAAGUUCUUAGUUUUCAAAUUCAACAUUGGACAAUACAUGAAUGAGAUAUUUAAUGAUGCAUAUGAAUUAAUUGAGGGCAAAUUCCAAAAUCAAUAAUAAGUGUUAUAACAAUAACAACAACAAACCUAAAGUGACUCCCUUUAUUAGAAUGAAGACUUACUGGGAUUAGGAGAAACUGAUGAAUAAUAAUAGUAAAAAUAACAGAACUCAACAUAGUACGUUGCAUCAACAGCCUCCAGUAUUUUCACCAAAAUUAAAUCAUACGCAGGUAAUCAUGUCUAAAAUUCUAACAAAAAUAUUAACACGUCCAGUCCCUCCUAACCCUCAUAAAAUAAAUAGGCUAAAUCCUUAAGUGAUCUGUCCAUCUAACUUCAAUAAGAAUAUCAAGAUAUUGAUUCAUUGAUCCUAGAAUCCUUAUAAGUUCCAUUCCUUAAAGCUUAAAUAAUACAAACAAGAAGAGAAAUGGUUGAUCUAGUUAAAAAGAGUUUAUAAAUCAACUAACAAUUAUUCUAAACUGGUAGAAAAUGCAUCCCGACACCCACAUAUCAACCCAAAUUUACUAUGUAAGACUUCAUGCAAGUCUUAUAAAUGACCUUUUCUAAAUUCGUUGCUCAUGGACAUUAUCUACAUUUGGAAUCCUAAUAAUUAUUAUAAACUUGUAAUUAUUUCUCAAAACUUUUACUAUUGUAACAUAAAUAAAUUUACUAAUUAAAAUCUUAAAUAGAUGAUUAGAAAGUUGAAUUAGAUUCUCAAAAAGAAAUGAAAUAUUAUAUCUAGGAUAGAGCAAAGAGAUUCGAAGAAAGAAUCAUUAAAGCAGAAGAGUAAAUAUUCACUUUAAAUAAAUUAAACUUUGAUCAAAAAUUAUAAAUUACAUCAUUGUAGAAAAAAGAAAAAGAUUUAGAGGGCUUACUUAAAGAAAAGGAAACAAAGACCUAAGCUUUAUUUUAAGCCGUAAAGUAAAUUAAAAUAGAAAAAGAUCAAGUUGAAACAAAAUUAAAUUCAGUUUUAAUGAACUUCAAAAAUAUGAAAAAUGCUCUUGGUAAAAUUGUAUGA